GUUCGGGUCAAUCGGAAAGCUAAUAAUAUGCUUUAUGUUAUUUGCGGUUAAUUGGAGAGGCAGAUCUAUAGAAAUAGUCUAACAGUGUUUCUACUUUCUACCUUCUUUCUAUUGAGUAGAGAAUAAAGUUUAGAAUAAAAUCACAAGUAAUUUGAAUGACAUGAACCGUCAAGCUGUCUUUCUGUCAUCACUAUGAAAUUGCUGUGGUUGAUCCAAAUUACAAAACAAUGAAAGCAAAACUGGUAGCACUCAUAGUUAUUUUUGUCACCAAUUUCAGGAUUUGUCAAAGCAAGAGGUAUGACAACUUCACACUGUUUGGGGUCGUGCCCAUAGAGGUGGAUCAUUUGAAAUUCUUGCAAAAUCUGGAGAAGCAGAAGUACAUAGACAUGGUGUUCUGGAAGAGACCCUUCAAGUUGUACCAUGAUGUCCAGUUCAUAGUGAAUCCAGCUGAUAAGGACUUGUUCAUGGAAAGAGCUAGGCACUUCAAAAUGCACGCUGAAGUUUUAGCGCCUGAUGUUCAAAAGGCAUUCGACAACCAAACGAUCAGACGCUACCUCAGGCUUAGAGUUGAAACGUACUCCUGGGAAUUCUAUCACACCUUAGAGGACAUCUACCAGUGGUUGUCAGAUCUGGCUUUGAAAUUCCCUAAUAUCGUCGAACUGUACACCAUUGGGAAGUCUGCAGAAGGCAGAGAGAUAUUCGCGGUUGGCAUAAAGAAGGGGCGUACAGCGAGAGAGAAAGUUAUCAUUGAAGGAGGUGUCCACGGCAAUGAAUGGGUUUCAACAGAGUUCGUGACUUAUUUGGCCCGUGAGCUCAUUUACUGCAAUGCAACCAAAAAUGCAAGAAUCCAUCAUUUAGCUGAGAGAUACCAGUGGUUUCUGAUACCAGUUGUCAACCCAGAUGGGUAUGAUUAUAGCCAGAAAGUGGAUCGUCUUUGGCGAAAAAAUAGAAGGAGCCUUGGAGGCGGCGUAGGCGUUGAUUUGAACAGGAAUUUCGACUAUAGUUUUGGAAAACAUGCUGCCAGUCCGGAUCCAAAAGACGAGCAGUACUGCGGCCCAACACCGUUCUCGGAGCCAGAGAGCAAGGCGCUGUCACAGUUUGUGAACCAGAAACAAGACCAUCUGAAGUUCUACUUCGCCUUCCAUGGGUAUGGACAGAAGCUGGUCAUACCAUACGCUGAUAGGGUGAACCAUGUCGAGGAUUACUCCGAAAUGGAAAAUUACGGGAAACAAGCAAUAGUGAAAAUGUACAGGUUGUACAAGAAGAAAUACAGCGUGGGUACAUUCUACGAUACUCUUGGUUUUCGGAUUUCUGGAAACAGUGCAAGCUGGGUGAAGAAGACACAUCGAGUAAAGUACGUCUUCACAUUCCUUUUGCGAGAUAACGGCAGCUACGGUUACGCCCUCCCUCCAGAUCAGAUCGCCCCAACCUGCAAGGAAACCCUGACCGGUCUCGUUGAAAUAAUGACAGCUAGACCUCGCCGCGUCCGAGCGAAUCUGUACAGUUCUGCGUGCAGUUUGGAUGUUGGAUGGAAUUUGAUAAUUUGUGUGGGUUUUAUGAUGAUGAAUAAAAAUUAUUCUAAUUACACUUUAUACCGUGGCAUGCCAGUGAAUGAAGAGGACUUGGAAUUCUUCAAUAAUAUUAAUUCUUUGUAUAAUGUUAACUUUUGGAGGCCACCUAGUACCCUAUAUAGGCCGAUUGAGUUUAUUGUGUCUCCAGAAUAUCAGAAGGAUUUCAUAGCUGAUGCCAACAAGCAUGCUGUUUAUUUGACUACUAUAAUACCGGAUCUGCAAAGAGCAUUUGACAAGCAAACUGUAAAAUCAUACAUUCGGAGGAACAUGGAGUCCUUCGACUGGCGAAGCUUCUUCAGGCUUAGAGACAUAUACAGCUGGCUGAAAGAUCUCAGCAAGCAGAACCCAACUGAAGUGAAGAUGUUUUCAAUCGGCAAAACCUAUGAGAACAGGAAUAUUUACGCCAUGAUGAUAAUGAUAAAAAUAAUGAUAAAGGUGUCUCAAUCUUUUUGCAGAUCCAAAGUAAUUGUAGAAGGAGGGAUACAUGCUAGAGAGUGGAUAUCCCCAGCAUUUGUCACUUACAUGAUGUAUGAAAUUCUUUAUGCCCCAAGUAAAAAGAACAAAGAGUUGUUGGACAUAGCAAUGACGUAUGAGUGGUAUUUCGUCCCAGUGCUGAACCCUGAUGGAUACGAGUAUAGUCAUACAGAGGACCGUCUCUGGAGGAAAAAUCGUGAACGAGGAUAUGGUGUGGAUAUAAACAGGAAUUUUGCGUAUGCUUUUGGAUCGAUUGGAGUAAGCAACCACAAAUAUUCGGACAUUUACUGUGGACCUUCAGCAUUCUCCGAAAAAGAGAGUCAAGCUAUGGGACAGUUCGUUGAGUCUCACAGCCAAGACCUAGAAUACUACCUGGGCUUCCAUUCGUAUGGGCAGUUUAUGAUCAUACCUUACGCUCACUCCAUAAAGCAUCAAGACAACUAUGAUGAAGUAAAAAAAAUGGGAGUUUCUGCAGCUUGGACAAUUUCGCGAAGAUAUGGUACUCAAUACUCAGUUGGUACUGCGUAUGAUACUGUAGGGUACAGAACAUCUGGAGUUAGCGGUUGUUGGGUUAAAAGAACUUUUAAAGUUCCUUACGUUGUAACCAUGGAACUUCGUGACAACGGGGAAGAUGGGUUCGCUCUACCCCCAAAAUUGAUUCUACCCACAUGUCGGGAAACCAUGGACGGCUUAUUGUCUCUCCUAAAACCCAGAACGCCGAAAUACCAGAAGAUGAAAGUAGAAGUGAUUCAAAAUAAUCAUCAGGAGAAUACUAUGUUCGACACCUACGCCAUGAACCCUGAACCAGAAGACCCUGUCGCCAGCGACAGCGACGCUCAUCCAUCCCUGGCGUCGACCAGAAUUACAAUGUAUAGGCUAUAA